GUGAAAGUGGUAAAAUUGCAAGAUGAAUUGGAGACGGAAAAGUGCGAAGAUGUUGCCACACAAGUGCAAAAUUAUAGAGCAUCAUUGCUGAAAAAAAUGGAAGAGAAAUUAGAUGCGCUCAAUGGAGAUGUUUCUUCGAAGAGUAAAAAACAUAAAGAGAAACCAAGAAAACGUUCACGAAGUCGGAAGAGGGACGAGAAGAGUAAUAGGGAAAGAACGCGAGGAGGUACGGAUGGGGAACGAACUAGAGAUCGAGAUCGCGAUAGAGACGUGCCGAGGACGAAAGAAAAGGUUUGA